UACUAAAGGAGAUGGUUGUGAAAAUCGUUGGAAGUGUAAAACAAGGUGUAUCAAACUGAGAGGUUCAUCUUUGUCUAUCAUAUGCGGGCAUGCUCGACAACUUUUUCCCAAGUUCUUACAAGCUCUUGUAAAUAGUUUGCGCAGCGCUUGUGCCAUGCCCCCUCCCCCUGAAUCAACUUCCUGGAUCUCCUGAGCAGUGAACACAGACAUAUGACUAAUACUUGACUGAGGGCGCCGAAUGUGAGAUACAGGACAUUUUGACUGACUUGACAUGUUGUAGCGCUGUGACGAAGGGAAGGCUGAGGCGGUGGAACACUGGGCUCGGCUCGGCUCGCGCUAACUGGAUUAGGAUUAGCACUGUCACCGUGUAACCCCGAAGCGUCUUGGUGAGGGAGGCGAUUCUGACCUGGAUUUUUUUAUUUCUCUCUGAGGGGAACUGUUGUUAGUUAAGUUAGCUACCUUAGCUACAUUAACUGCAGAAAUCAUGUCCAUCUAUUGGUUUACCUCUUAGUUCAACUGCGUCUGCAAGAACUUCUCCGGAAAAUGAUUAUAAUUAAGUGUUAAUUUGUGUCAACUUUUUGCACGACUGGUUACUUUCCACCAGGAAAUGUUUCCAGUGAAUCUUGUCACUGUAACUUUUCUCAAUAAUGUGUCCCACAAGUUUUCAAUAUGACUUAAAGGGGACCGACAUUAAUCAACAUGGUUGGCUCUGGUUCCGUUUAGCCUACUUGUAACCUAACGUGCAAUGCAAACGUGUCGACAAUCAAGGAGCUACACCUUUCAUUAACAGAUUUUGAGUUUUUGUUGGGACGUCACCAUGGCACUUUUGGGGAGACGAAAUCGGUCGAAGUUGUUUCUUUGCAUCUUUUUUGCCUCUGUUGUCGGAUACUUUGUGUUUCAAAAACUGAACGGAAACGAUGUCGGGGUGGCAAGUCGACGUAUGGUUUCGAACAGUGGGCAAGAAGGGGGAGAUGUUGAAAACGAAAAGUUGAAGAGACCAGUUUACGAAAAGCCGCCGUUGGAUAUGAGCGCUUUGGGAGAGCUUGGUCGCGCAGUAAAGUUGGAUUUGACAGGAGAGGAGAAGAAGAAAGAAGAGGAGAGCAUCAGUAAACACCAAAUUAAUACCUACGUCAGCGACAAAAUAUCCCUCCAUCGAAGAUUGCCAGAGAGAUGGAAUCCACGCUGCAAAGACCUGAAAUACGACUACCAUUCCUUGCCCUCCACGUCGGUGGUGAUUGCGUUCUACAACGAGGCGUGGUCGACUCUGCUGCGCACGGUGCACAGCGUGCUGGAGACCUCUCCGGACGUGCUGCUGCGAGAGAUCAUCCUCGUGGACGACUAUAGUGACAGAGAGCACCUGAAGGAGCGUCUGGAGCAGUACCUGUCCGGUCUGCGUAAGGUGCGUCUGGUGCGCGCCCGUAAGCGUGAGGGCCUGGUGCGCGCCCGGCUGCUGGGGGCCGCCAUCGCCACGGGCGACGUGCUGACCUUCCUGGACUGCCACUGCGAGUGCCACGACGGCUGGCUGGAACCCAUCCUGCACCGGAUCAUGGUGGAGCCCACUGCUGUGGUGUGUCCGGUGAUUGACGUCAUCGACUGGAACACGUUCCAGUAUCUAGGCAACCCCGGCGAGCCCCAGAUCGGAGGCUUUGAUUGGCGGCUGGUGUUCACCUGGCACCCCGUGCCCGACUACGAGCAGAAGAGACGAAGCUCCCCAACAGAUGUCAUCAGGUCUCCCACUAUGGCCGGGGGGCUGUUUGCUGUCAGCAAGGCCUACUUCCACUACCUGGGCACCUACGACACUGGCAUGGAGGUGUGGGGAGGAGAGAACCUGGAGUUCUCUUUCAGGAUAUGGCAGUGUGGCGGCUCCCUGGAGAUCCACCCCUGUUCCCACGUGGGCCACGUCUUCCCCAAGAAGGCGCCCUACUCGCGCAGCAAGGCCCUGGCCAACAGCGUCCGCGCCGCAGAGGUCUGGAUGGACCACUACAAGGACCUGUUCUACCACAGGAACCCACACGCCCGCCUGGAGGCGUAUGGGGACGUAACGGACAGGCGUAAGCUUCGCAAGCAGCUGGGCUGUAAGGACUUCAAGUGGUACCUGGAGAACAUCUACCCCGACAUCCACGUCCCGGAGGACAGGCCGGGAUUCUUCGGAAUGCUGAAGAACCAGGGGAUGGCCAACUACUGUUUCGACUACAACCCCCCUGACGACCAUAACGUGGCGGGCCACCGCAUCAUCCUCUACCCCUGCCACGGCAUGGGACAGAACCAGUUCUUCGAGUACUCCACGGACCACGAGAUCCGCUAUAACACCCGGGAGCCUGCAGGGUGCGUUGUGGCCGACCCCGUAUCCACCUACCUGUCUGUGGCACUGUGCAGAAAACCCAGGCAGCCCGUGCCACUGGAGCACCAGUUUGUACUCCGAGAGGACGGGACCCUGUUCCACAGCCAGAGCCAGAAGUGUGUGGAGGCGGUGGCCAAGGUGGACAACGGCAGCCCAGGCCCCGCCCUCCGGCCCUGCACUGACUCCGCCCAGCAGAAGUGGUUCUUCGAAGAGCGAUCCUAGAGGACCGACCACAUUGGACCGGACCUGGACCGGACCAGACCGGACUGGACCAAGUGGAUUUUCAGAGGAGCGUUCAUUCAUAGAGACAGAGGGACGGCCACCAAGAAAACCCCACUGGGAACUGGACCGUAACUGGGCCGGGACAGGAGCGGAUCUGGACCAGACCAAGGUGGAGCGGAGCGGAGCUGAGGAGACUUGGACUCCCAUGGCAAGAGGCGUUAAGCCAGGAAAACAGGGUGGAGAAGCGGUCACGUGUGUGUGUGUGUGUGUGUGUGUGUGUGUGUGUGUGUGUGUGUGUGUGUGUGUGUGUGUGUGUGUGUGUGUGUGUGUGUGUGUGUGUGUGUGUGUGUGUGUGUGUGUGUGUGUGUGUGUGUGUGCGUGCGUGUGUGUUUGUGCUGGGGGGGGUCUGUGCAUUUGUAUGUGUGGGAGGGUGCAUUUGUGUGUAUGUGUGUAUG